AUGUCGACUGCACCACCACCACAGCUCGCCGCCGUGCCCACGCCCCACGACCGGCCCGCGCCCUUUGGUGAGGUCCGCCACGUGCAUUCGCACUCGCGCAUGCCUUCUGAUGCCACGGACCGGAGCACCACGACCGUUGUCGCACAUGACCAGGGCGGGCCUGUCCGGAACCCUUCGCCCACGCUAGGAGACUAUUCCGCCAACCUGGCCCAGUUCAUCAAGCAGCAGCUACAGUCGAUUCCCACCUACCAGCCCGGCCCCGACGCCUCGUCACCGCUGUCGCCGCGCUCGUGUCCUGAUUUGUCCUAUGCCGCCCAGGCCUCGCAUGUGUCGUGCUCAACCAUCAGGCGGCCAGUCGAGAAGCCUGGCCUCAUUGACAUUCCCCCGAUCCGAGCUCCCCUCAAGAGCCAGUUUUCUGCCUGGAGCUCGACCGAUGAUGACACCGACGACGAGUCAAUCGCCUUUUCCCACCACCGUCUCUCGCUCGACAAGGUCAGCACCACCACCACCACCCAUACGCCCUCGGUUCUGAGCUAUUACCAGGAUUCCCAAAAUGGCUCAUCGUUUCUGUUUUCGUCGACGCCAAUCGAGCAGGAGCCUGAGCCGGCCACGGCCAAGCAGUUCACGUUCCCGCAUCAGUCAGCACUACCCAGUCCCUCAUCCGCGCAACCGGAUUACGACGAUUACCCCUCAUCCCACCUCUCGCAGCCACAGCUUACAUCCUUGUCGGCCACCUCGGCACCCUCCUUCUCCUCGUCGUCCGCCUCCUCGUCCUACUUUGACUGCAAGCGUCCCACGGCCAUCACGCCUCAGAUGAAAGAGCGCGUCAUUGCCGCCGUCACGCCUCCCCACAUCCGCACCAAGCGCACCACAGCCCUCUCGCCCUGGGAAGCCGCUGCCCUAGCAAACGCCCAUGACGUCUACGUCGAGUCGCACCAGCGCGUCCACGUCGACGGCAUGUCGUUUGACAUGCUACGAGACUACAAUGUCUCCAACACACGCCUUACGCCCUGUUGA